UGUGAACGUCCGGUCCCGCGCAUUUUGGGCCUCUCAUCUUUUUCCAUCCAGUCUUCAUAUCAACCGGCCGGGCUUGUCUGCAGCCGUAAAGAGGCCAUCGGCGCCCGUAUCUGGCUAGUGCAGCGGCAGCCUUCCCAAACGGGGCGCGAGCAAUCGCGGACGGUGUGCAAUCACCACAUACACAACAUUUGGUGCCCGCUUCCUACGCUCUCCUCCAAUUCCUUUCGCUCGCUACACAACCGUGUUCGUUUCGAUUUAUGCCUGAAAGAGGCGGAUUCCUUAUCUCUGGACAACGAAGAUAGUGGCGCUAACGUAGAGCGUUUGCCGCAUCCAUCCUCCCCCCCGAGGCGGGCCAGGGUGUCAGGAGCAAAAGGCGGCAGUUGCAACAGUACAUACCACGAGGAAGAAGGCAUCUUGCUCGCUCGCUCCGCUUGCUGCAUGCUUCCACUGUACAGCAGCUCCUCGCCCUCCAAGGGGAAGAUGCUGCGCUCCAGCUACUCCGGCGGCGGCAGCGGUGCGUACCCGUAUAGCGGCAGCACCCAUUCGCAAUUCAACUUUUCGAGCCAUAAGUUCCAGCCGCGAAAUCACACACCUGCCCUGCGGCGACGAAGACAACUUAUACUACGGCUUGCUCUGUUAGGAUGUGGCUUGCUUGCGGUCAUUUCAUUUUUUUCUCCUGGGCUACGGGCGUUCCUCGUGGGCAGUUUGAGCUUCGGGAUUCUAAGUGCAGGGGGAGACGACUUCCAGCUUGAGACAGUACGCUACUAUGACUUGAACAACGUCCAGGGCACAGCCAGAGGCUGGGAGCGCGAGGAGCGGAUACUGCUGUGCGCGCCGCUGAGAGACGCUGCUCCCCAUCUCCCCAUGUUCUUCUCGCAUCUUCGCAACCUGACGUAUCCGCACAAUCUCAUCGACCUGGCCUUCUUGGUCGGCGAUUCGAAGGACAAUACACUGUCCCUUCUCUCAGAACUAUUGGAGGAACUCCAAGCACACGAGAACCCCAAACAGAGGUAUGGCGAGAUCAGCAUCAUGGAGAAGGAUUUUGGACAGAAGGUUAAGCAGGACGUCGAAAGUCGACAUGGAUUUGCGGCACAGGCUAGUAGACGAAAGAGCAUGGCUCAGGCACGCAAUUGGCUGCUCAGUGCGGCUCUGAGACCGACGCACAGCUGGGUCUACUGGAGGGAUGUGGAUGUCGAGACUGCACCGGUCACAAUUUUGGAGGAUUUGAUGAGGCAUAACAAAGAUAUCAUCGUUCCUAAUGUUUGGAGGCCUCUACCGGACUGGCUUGGAGGCGAGCAACCGUACGAUUUGAACUCAUGGCAGGAAUCAGAGACAGCUCUCGCAUUGGCGGACACUCUUGAUGAGGAUGCUGUCAUCGUUGAAGGCUAUGCAGAAUAUGCGACGUGGCGACCGCAUCUGGCGUAUCUUCGCGAUCCAUAUGGCGAUCCUGAUAUGGAGAUGGAACUAGAUGGUGUGGGAGGUGUCAGUAUCCUGGCCAAGGCGAAGGUUUUUAGAGCGGGUGUGCACUUUCCAGCGUUCAGUUUCGAAAAGCACGCAGAGACAGAGGGCUUCGGCAAGAUGGCAAAGCGGAUGCAAUUCUCGGUGGUUGGUCUGCCCCACUACACAAUCUGGCACUUGUACGAGCCUUCUGUAGAGGACAUGAAACAUAUGGAAGAAAUGGAAAAGGAGCGUAAGGAGAAGGAAAAGAAGGAGAAGGCAGAAAAGGAGCGCCUCGCAAAGAUCAAUGAGCAGUUUGAGAACCCAUCCGGCCAAUGGGAUAAGGACAAGAACGACAUCAAGAAUAUUGCGAUGAAAGACCGCGUUGAGAAGAGUGUAAAGAAGCAGCAGCUUGAAGCGGGGAAGAAGAAUAGCGAGGAGAAGAAGCCUAAAGGUCCAACAUUGCAACAAAAGAGUGAUGCGGACGAGAGGAGCGGAGAAAAGAGCUCCGAGAAGGAGAAGGCGAAGGACGCAUAAGCUCCUUCUUCCUACCCCGUAUGGAGAGACCGGACAUCAUGAUACAUGACAGGCCUACCGCAACCGCUGAUAAAGCAGCGAAUGCGUAUAAGCUCAUACGUAUACUUAUAUCAUAUUUGCGCAUGGGACACGGUGUUUUCAUUGGUGGGAGUAUGGCAGGACCCUUUUUUGUGUGGCUUUUACUGAGUGACGGGUUCAAAAGAGAACAAAAAAACCCGCCUGCUCUUCGUGUAGAACAUCCAAGGACUGUAACGCAGCGAACUACAGCGUCGCUUGCGAUAACGACGGAUCAUGGCGUUGUAAGAAUAGAAAAAGCUAGUAUCGUUUACACCUGUGCAAAAGCAGCGUGGGAACAACACAGUUGAACGUGAAGUACGUUUACCG